CAAUUAUUUUAAGGUUUGGUCGAUGAGGCAACCGGCGAACCAAAGGUAAACAAAAACAACAGUUCAGUUACUCCCGAUCAUGCUGCUGCUGUUGUGCAACCGCUCCGUGGUUCCUCGCGGAAUCCGGCGGAUUCUACGGACCGCAGCAACAGUAACCCCACUCCGAUGGAACCACACCGGUCCUGGCGCCAGCGAAACGCUGCUGGAGAAAAACAUCCGCAACAUUGGCAUCCUAGCCCACAUCGAUGGCGGCAAAACGACCACCACGGAACGGAUGCUGUUCUACGCCGGUAAGACCAAUGUCCUCGGGGAGGUCCACCAUGGGAACACGGUGACGGACUUUCUGGUUCAGGAGCGGGAACGCGGGAUUACGAUUUGCAGUGCGGCGGUUAGUUUCGACUGGAGGGAUCAUCGGGUGAAUCUGCUCGAUACUCCGGGCCACAUUGACUUUACGAUGGAGGUGGAGCAAUCGCUGGCGGCUGUUGACGGGACGGUGGUCAUUUUGGACGGGUCGGCGGGGGUUGAGGCGCAAACGGUGACCGUUUGGAGUCAGGCCGAUCGGCACAGGUUGCCGCGGUUGGUGUUCGUCAAUAAGAUGGACAAGGAGAGUGCGGAUUUUGAGGGAUGUUUGGAGGAGUUGGAGAAAAAGCUUGGUGUUGUUCCGGUUCCGCUGCAGAUGCCUGUGAUAAAGGAGGGCAAGUUGGCGGGGGUUGUUGACGUUUUGUCUGGGGCGCAGGUCGUGUGGGACAAACAGAACCAUGGUCGAACUUAUAAGGCGGUUCCGCUGGUGGAUCAGCAGCUGAUGGAGGCGCAGGACAAGCUAUACCAGAUCAUUGAUGUCCUGUCCGGGUUGGAUGAUGGUUUGGCGCAAGCGAUUAUCGAAUCCGACAGUAUGGACAACGUGAAGCCCGAGCUGGUGGCCAGUGCCAUUCGGGCGUGCACGUUGAAGCAGCAGAUCGUCCCGGUGUUUCUUGGUUCGGCUUACAAGAACAUCGGUGUACAGUUACUGAUGGACGCUGUGCUGAAGUAUUUGCCGGCGCCGAAUGAAAGGAACGAGAUUUACAACUGUUUUGGUUCUGACUUUGUAGGAAAGAUCUCCAAGGUGACUCACGACAAGCAGCGUGGACCGCUCAGUUUAGUGCGAGUAUUUCGUGGGACGCUAAAGAAAGGUGCAAAAAUCAUCACCGCGAAAGGAACAUCGGAAACGAUUCAACGCAUCUACGCCCCUUGGGCGGACGAAUACCGGGAGAUAUCGUCCAUCAGCGCAGGCAACGUAGGUCUCUGCGCUGGGCCAAAGUCAACCGUUACCGGCGACCUGGUUGUCGCGAACGCAUCCGUCCUCCGAAAUGCCCUCAACAAGCUAUCCCCAACCAACGACGGCGUCGAUGAGGACGACAUCAACGAGCUGCUCGCGUCCAAGCUGUCCUUCCACACGGUCGUCCCGGACGCGGUUUACUUCUGCUCGAUCGAACCACCAUCCUCUUCGUACCAAGCCGCGCUCGACGCCGCUCUGCGGGAAAUCCAACGCGAAGAUCCGAGCCUGCGGGUGUCGUACGACGAAACCACCAUGCAGACCGUCCUCGGCGGAAUGGGUAAGUUACACCUGGAGAUCAUAAAGUCGCGCAUCCUGUCCGAGUACAAGAUCGACGUCGAUUUGGGGCCGCUGCAGAUCGCGUACAAAGAAACGCUCGAAGAACCGGCGCGCGGCUCUUGGACGGCGGAGAAGGAAAUCGCCGGAAGUAAGCAGCUGGUGCGGAUGGAGGUGACGGUGCACGCGAAGCGGAAGGACGAACGCUUCAUCCUGGAUAGCUCGCCGGAGGCGCAAGAGAACCUCCGGAUGAUCCGGCCGCGGCAAAUGUCCUACGUCAGGAAAGGUUCGCUGGCGGCGCUCGAGCGCGGCCCUAAACUCGGCGGUCAGUUGAUGGACGUUGCCGUAACGCUUCAUCAGCUGACGAUCGGCAAGGGAACGGCGGACACGUUCAUCAUGGCGGCAACCGCGCAGUGCGUACGACACGUCCUAAGCUCGGCCAAGUGUCGCCUCAUGGAACCGAUCAUGCUGCUGGAGAUGGUGAUGCCCGCGGAGCAUCUCAACCCGAUUCUAGCGGAUUUGGGCAAGCGCCGGUGUGAAAUCCUGGACGUCACCGCCCGUGGCCAGCAGCACAAGGUGCUCCGAGCGAACGCGCCCCUGGCCGAGCUCGAGGAUUACUCCAGCGAGGUAAGGUGUAUCAGCUCGGGCACGGCCAGCGUCUCGAUGGAACCGAACGGGUACGCGCUGCUGAGCGAGAUGGACGAAGCGAGUGCGAUCCGGAGGGCGCACGGGUUGGAGUAGCAGUAAAGUGGUUGUACAAAGUUG